AUGAACCAGGGUGGUCUGGGCGUGGAAGACCUGAGGACUGUUUCCAAUCCUCAGCGUGAAAAGACAGCUGGAGGGGAAGAUCCGGGUUUUCCUGAACGUCCUGUCCAAAGUGCAGUGAUGUCUUCACAUGCUCCAGUGAACCAAGGAUAUAAUUCCCAGCUUCCAGGAUCCUACCCUCAUCUACUACCAGCAAAGACUUUGAAUCUGGCCUCUGGACAGUCCAGCUAUCAUGGUUCUCAGGGAUCCGGGCAGACUCUUCACAAGCCCCCUGUGGCUUCUCUCUCAGUGGCACCUUCACCCUACAGUGGUCCUGUCCCCCGAAUGCCACCACCUGCGUCUCAGAGUCCAGCUGCUGCCCCAAGGCUUUCCGGUGGUUUUCCUCCUGGUGCCAGUCCACUGCCACCUGUGAACUGGCAGCACAGCUCCCCGCCCAUGGCACCACAGACGAACCAUUGUCCUCCCGAACCGUCCCAGCUGGCUGUACUUGGGAAUACAAAUUUAUCAGUGCAUCACCAGUACGUUUCUUCUGGAGACCCUUCACUUCAAAACAACUACGUAACAUCAGGUUCUGCCCUUUCCUUAAGGAAUCCACCUCUGCCUACCACUUUCCAGCCAGGAGCUCCUCCAGGGCCUCCUCCAGCUGGGGGUCCACCUUUGGUAAGGGCGCCUGUGCCCCAGAAUGUAUCACUCAGAGCUGCACCCCAGCCUUCGUUCAAUUCAGCUGCCAACCAAGAAGGUAUUACAUCAAAUACCAAUAACGGAUCUAUGAUGGUACAUGGUAGUUAUGAUGAAAUUGAAGGAGGUGGCUUCUUGGCAACACCACAGUUUGCUACUAAGAAUCCCCAGAUGAGCCGAGGUGUUGGAUAUGCAUAUCCCUCCUUACCUCCUGGUUAUCAGAACACAGCACCACCUACCAGUGCAACUGGAAUGCCAUCUUCCUUGAAUUACCGAAGUGGCCCCCAGGCCUUUCCUCAGACUCCCUUAGGUGCUAAUCAUUUAACGGCAAGCAUGAGUGGAUUAAGUCUGCAUCCGGAGGGCCUGCAAGUUGUCAACCUUCUUCAAGAAAGAAAAAUGCUUCCCACAACACCUUUGCAGCCUCCAGCUCCAAAUUUACAUGAAGACAUCCAGAAGCUCAACUGUAACCCAGAGUUAUUUCGAUGCACGCUGACUAGCAUUCCUCAGACUCAGGCCUUACUGAAUAAAGCCAAACUUCCCCUGGGGCUGUUGCUUCAUCCUUUCAAAGACCUAGUGCAAUUGCCUGUGGUUACAUCCAGUACAAUCGUGAGGUGCCGCUCAUGCAGGACAUACAUCAACCCUUUUGUCAGCUUCCUUGAUCAGAGGAGAUGGAAGUGUAACUUAUGUUACCGAGUCAAUGAUGUUCCUGAAGAAUUCAUGUACAAUCCUUUGACCAGAGUUUAUGGAGAACCUCACAGAAGACCUGAAGUUCAAAAUGCUACUAUUGAGUUUAUGGCUCCUUCAGAAUACAUGCUACGACCACCACAACCUCCAGUGUACCUCUUUGUAUUUGAUGUAUCUCAUAAUGCAUUUGAAACUGGAUACUUGAAUUCAGUUUGCCAGAGUUUGUUAGACAAUCUGGAUUUGCUUCCUGGCAACACAAGAACAAAAAUUGGCUUUAUAACAUUUGACAGUACCAUUCAUUUCUAUAGCCUUCAGGAAGGUCUUUCUCAACCUCAGAUGCUAAUAAUUUCAGAUAUUGAUGAUAUUUUUAUACCUAUGCCAGAAAACUUACUGGUAAAUUUAAAUGAAAGUAAAGAGCUUGUCCAAGGUUUACUGAAAACUUUGCCACAAAUGUUUAACAAGUCUCUGGAGACUCAGAGUGCCUUGGGUCCUGCUCUUCAGGCUGCCUUUAAGCUGAUGUCCCCAACUGGUGGUCGAAUGUCUGUCUUUCAAACACAGCUCCCAACUCUUGGAGUGGGAGCCCUGAAACCACGGGAAGAGCCCAACCAAAGGUCAUCUGCUAAGGAAAUCCACCUGACACCAUCCACUGACUUCUAUAAGAAAUUAGCCUUGGACUGUUCUGGUCAGCAGGUAGCUGUUGACUUAUUUCUUCUCAGUGGACAGUAUUCUGACUUGGCUUCACUAGGGUGUAUUUCUCGGUACUCAGCAGGCAGUGUCUAUUACUAUCCAUCUUACCAUCAUCAGCACAACCCUGUGCAGGUGCAGAAAUUACAGAAGGAGCUGCAGAGGUACCUCACGCGGAAGAUUGGCUUUGAGGCAGUCAUGAGGAUUCGGUGUACCAAAGGUCUUUCCAUUCAUACUUUCCAUGGGAAUUUCUUUGUUCGGUCAACGGACUUGUUAUCUCUGCCCAACGUCAACCCAGAUGCUGGAUAUGCAGUACAGAUGUCAGUGGAAGAGACUCUUACUGACACUCAGUUGGUUUCUUUUCAGUCAGCACUCUUGUAUACGUCAAGCAAAGGUGAAAGAAGAAUUCGGGUCCAUACUUUGUGUUUGCCAGUGGUUUCCACUCUGAAUGAAAUCUUUCUUGGAGCUGAUGUUCAAGCAAUUUCAGGGUUAUUGGCCAAUAUGGCUGUUGAUAGGUCCAUGACCGCCAGUCUGAGUGAUGCCCGGGACGCCCUGGUGAAUGCCGUCAUUGACUCUCUCUCAGCUUACCGCUCCUCCGUCCUCAGUAACCAGCAGCCAGGACUCGUGGUUCCUUUCUCUUUGCGGCUUUUCCCACUUUUUGUGUUGGCUCUUCUUAAACAGAAGUCAUUCCAGACUGGAACAAAUACACGUCUAGAUGAACGCAUUUUUGCUAUGUGUCAGGUGAAAAACCAGCCCUUGGUUUACCUUAUGCUCACGACACAUCCCAGUUUGUACAGAGUUGACACUUUGUCCGAUGAGGGAGCAUUGAACAUCAAUGACAGAACCAUACCUCAGCCUCCUGUCCUUCAGCUCUCAGUGGAGAAUUUGAGCAGGGAUGGUGCUUUCCUCAUGGAUGCAGGCUCUGUACUGAUGCUUUGGAUUGGAAAAAACUGUGCACAACAUUUUCUCAGCCAAGUUCUAGGAGUUCAGAACUAUGCAUCAAUUCCACAGGCCAUGACAGACCUUCCAGAACUUGAUACCCCAGAAUCUUCCAGGACACUAGCUUUCAUCUCUUGGCUUAGAGAGCAGAGGCCAUUUUUCCCAAUACUUCAUAUAAUAAGGGAUGAGAGUCCAAUGAAAGCAAACUUCCUUCAGAACAUGGUAGAAGACAGAACAGAAUCUGCGUUAUCAUAUUAUGAAUUCCUCCUGCAUAUACAACAGCAAGUGAAUAAAUAAACGAAGAAACUUGAUUUAGUUAUUGCUAAGGAAAUCACAGUAAUGCAGAAUUCCUGGGAAUGUGUGAUACCUUCUGGGAAUGUGAUACCUUCCUUUUCUAUUUAAGUUUGUGAACUAAUGGGAUGAUUAAGAUGUUUUCACUGUGAUUUCAUCAAACUAUAGCAAAUAAAGGACCACAGCAGAGAAUCAAACGUGCAACUCUGAAACACUAUUUUUCAAAUCAAAAUAUAUCUAAAUAUGAUUGGAUACCUUUUUUCCUUUGCUGCCAAUUAUGUUUGCGUUGUUAAGGAUGAGAAUAAGAUACAACAUUGCAGAGGCAAAGUACAUUUUGUAAAAUAAAGACUUCUGUGUUCCACAUGUA